CAUCUCAGCACGCAAGCAUUCGGCCAUCCCAGCCCCUCUAAGGGAUCCCGGCUGGCUGGGUUGGGAGCCAGCGCUGCGCCGCGCCGCCCAGCCGAGGGAGAGGGGAUCCCGUGUGUCCCUCGACUCUCUCUGGAGCCCUAACAGCAGCCUGGCUGGCUGGCUGAACUCAGGUCUGGAUCGCGGGGUCGAUGGACACGGGGACAAGGUGUCCGGAAAGGUGCUCCGGGAAGCCAAGUGCGGGCUGAUCGCGGCAGCGCAGGGCGAGGAAAGAGCUAAAUUGAGAGGUGGAGGUCAGGAGUUACAACUAAAAAGAGACCUGCAUUUUGGGUAUCUCGGGGAGUUGGUUCAUGUUGGGAAAAGGCUUGAAACGCAAGUUGAGUGAUUAUGAAGAGAAUAUGGCUGGUGUGUCAAGUGCCUUUGAUUCCAGUCGAAACCUGCCAUACCCGCUCAAGCGUCAGUUGGUGCUCAAUGUUUGCCUUGCCAAGUUACAGACAUAUAAGAAGCUGGUGGAACCAAAUUUACAUCGUUCGGUGCUUAUAGCCAAUACUGUUAGACAAAUCCAAGAAGAGAUGAGACAAGAAACUAGCCAACAGUUUGUUAACAUGUGCAGUGGUUUAAGUACUAUCCCUUCCAAUUAUUUAGGUUUGGAUUUCUUUGGAAUGCCUUCACACUUUUUGCCUGGUAUUAUUCAACCGGAAUCAUACAGUUAUGAACCACGGUCUAUGGAAAGUCCAAUUGAAAACAGCUUGUUGAUGGUUUCAGAUAAUGACAUGUCAUCAGCCAUUUCCUCUAUUCUAAAAGAUUUGGACUUCAUGGAAGAUGUGAGUCCACCUUCUUACUUAGCCGGAUCCGGAGAUGAUCAAUUUAAGACUUCUGAAAUAUCAAUUCUUAAGUUAGAAGAAGAUAGACAAGACUUGAAAGGAGUAGAAUGUGCAUUUGGUUCCUUUGAAAUUUCAAAUUCAACUAGUUACUUGAAGGACUUAGCUAUUGAUGACAUAUUUGAAGAUAUUGACACUUCAAUGUAUGAUUCAGACUUUGAUUGCCCCUCACCAACUCCUCCAAGAACACUGUCUGUGGCAACAACAGAAGAAAUGUUGAAGACAUUCCCUUCUUGUAAUUCUUCCUCAGCAAACAACAUCCCAAUAUGCAGAAGUGAUAUCACCGAUUUAGACCAUAUUAUGGAAAUUCUUGUAGGGUCCUGACACCUUUGCUAGCCCAAAGAUACGUUUUCCUAAGCUGCCAUACAAUGCUGGUUUGAAGAUAAGCGAACUUCAAAGUGUGAAACCAGAGAAGGCAGCUACAGACAUUUUUUCUUUUUCAUGGUUCUCAAAACCUCCCUAAAAUUCCUAUAAACCAAAAAAAGUGACAGCCUGUUAUAUAAAAUGGAGUAUUUAUUAAAUCAAUUGUGCAAUCUUUUUAACUCUUUUAGGCUAUACAUGAGGACUAUUUCUCAUGUGUUUCUAACUUUUUAAUGUGCAAUUUUUAAUCUGUAUGAAGGAUUUGCAGAACAGUGGUUUUCAUAAGGGGAAACAACAUCUGAAAUCUAAAGAUUUAUUUUUAGUAUUAAAUUACAUUCUUUAUUGGCAUUCACUGAAGUUGCAUACCUGGAUUUGCAGCCUCAGUACAGUAUAUUUUUAAAGUAUUUAAGAAACUACAGAUCUCUUCCCCUUUAUUGAAGAUUCUAGAUACUUGGCAGCAAAAUCUCUUGCAUUUUGUAAAACAUUUAAAAUUAUUUAUUUUUGUAAAUUUUAUAGUCUUUUUACAUUUUAUUACAAUAUUCUAGAUCAGAGAGGAAUUUCUGGUUGGAUGUGGCUGGCACUACCUCUGUUAGCAGAAAUGCUUUAAUUCUUUGCUUUGUCUAACACUGCAGAUCUUUUAGUUUUCUUGGAUGAUAUUCUGGUGGUAGAAGCAAACGCAGCAAUUUGCUGAUUGGUUAAAUUUUAUGUAUUUAACUGUAAUUUAUAUGUAUAUUGUCCCAAUUUUAGAACUUUGUCAGUAUUACAUGCAUCAAUUUGGAGGUAAUAUGGCUUUUUACAAUUUAGUAUUUUCUGUAUAGUUAGCGCUAUUUUAAUUUUCUGAAAUGGAAUUUUAGAUUUUAUGUGCAAUAUAUCACUUAAGCAGGCCACUUUUGCACAUCCUGAAUUGUAAGGAAAUACAUAAAAUCUAGACGAUGGAAAUUUAUAAUAGUGUGUUAUCAGAGGUAUACCAUGCAAUUCUGUCUGCUGGCAGCUUUGUGCGAGAUUUGUAAGAGUUGAAUAUGGCUUGCCUAAGAACCACUCUGAUUUUGUACAUUUCUGUUUCUUAAAAUGGAACUUUAGUUGUUCAAAGUGCUUGCAAUGGAUUGUAUCUUCUUAGUGGCAGUUUUUUUUAUCUUGGUUUGGCCAAAUAAAGUUCUAAUUGAGUAGAAGUCCAGCAAAUCAUGCUGCCAUUUGGGAGUUAGUAGUCUGCCUGUUAAGAAUUACACUUAAAAUUAAAGAAAUUGUGUUUUUGACAUUUGCACGUAA